GCUGCCCAAUGGGAGAGGCGGAGGGGGCGGGGCGGCGAGGUGCCGGCGGGGCCUCUGCUUCGCUCCUUGCAGCACAAGGGACAGGGCCGCAGAGGGAAGGGGGAGCUGCCUCUUCCCUCCUGGCUGGCGCGCGGCGCAGGUGGCGGCGCACGAUGGCGGCGGAGGAUGGUGACGGCGAAGGGGUCCGAGUGCUGCAGAACCUGCGGGGGAAGAUCUGUGAAGCCAAAAAUUUAGUGCCAUAUGCUGGACCCAACAAAAUGAGAGACUGUUUCUGUACCAUAAACUUGGACCAAGAAGAAGUUUUUCGUACACAGGUGGUUGAAAAAUCUUUAAGUCCUUUCUUUGGUGAAGAGUUCUACUUCGAGAUUCCAAGAACAUUCCAGUGUUUGUCCUUCUAUAUUUAUGAUAAGAGUGUGUUACAAAGAGAUCUGCGAAUAGGAAAGGUAGCACUCAAAAAAGAAGACUUAUGCAAAUAUACUGGCAAAGAAGCGUGGUUUUUGCUUCAGCCUGUUGAUUCCAAUUCAGAGGUCCAGGGAAAAGUUCACCUUGAAUUAAAAUUGAAUGAACUGAUAACGGAUAAUGGAUCUGUGUGCCAGCAACUAGUAGUACACAUAAAGGAAUGUCAUGGGUUGCCCCUUGUAAAUGGACAGAAUUGUGACCCUUAUGCAACGGUGUCUCUUGUGGGUCCUUCUAGGAAUGACCAAAAGAAAACAAAGGUAAAGAAGAAAACGAGCAAUCCACAGUUUAAUGAAACAUUUUAUUUUGAGGUAACCAGGUCCAGUAGCUAUACCAAAAAAUCCCAGUUUCAGGUAGAAGAGGAGGACAUAGAGAAACUGGAACUCAGGAUUGACCUAUGGAACAAUGGAAAUCUGGUGCAAGAUGUCUUCCUGGGAGAAAUUAAGGUUCCAGUGAAAGUGUUAAGAAAUGAUUCUUUCCAAGCAUGGUACUUACUACAGCCAAGAGAAAAUGGAAAUAAAUCUUCUAAAAAUGAAGAUCUGGGAUCACUUAGACUAAAUGUUUGUUAUACUGAAGACUAUGUACUUCCAUCUGAGUACUAUACUUCUUUAAGAAAUUUGCUGCUAAAAUCACCAGAUGUUCAGCCAAUCUCUGCUUCUGCUGCCUACGUUCUGGGUGAAGUGUGUCGAGAUAAAUAUGAUUCUGUUUUACCUCUUGUAAGACUAUUGUUGCAUCACCAGAAGAUAGUACCAUUUGUCACUGCAGUGGCUGAACUAGACUUGAAGGACACAAAAGAAGUAAACACAAUCUUCAGAGGAAACACCUUAGCUACUCGAUGCCUAGAUGAGAUGAUGAAAAUAGUGGGAAAGCACUACCUAAAAGUUACGUUAAAGCCAGUUCUAGAUGAGAUAUGUGAGUCCCCUAAACCCUGUGAAAUUGAUCCCAUCAAAUUAAAAGAAGGUGAUAAUGUAGAAGUUCACAAGGAGAAUCUCCGUUACUAUGUAGAUAAAGUAUUCAAUACAAUUGUACAGUCAAGUAUAAGUUGCCCUACAUUAAUGUGUGAUGUGUUUUACUCUCUGAGACGCCUAGCUGCCAAAAGAUUUCCAAAUGACCCUCAUGUACAGUAUUCUGCAGUGAGCAGCUUUGUGUUUCUUCGUUUCUUUGCUGUCGCUGUAGUCUCACCUCAUACUUUUCAUUUACGACCUCACCAUCCAGAUGUACAAACUUCUAGAACGUUAACUCUUAUAUCAAAAACCAUCCAAACUCUGGGGAGCUGGGGAAGUUUGUCCAAAAGCAAGCUUUCAAGUUUCAAGGAGACAUUUAUGUGUGAGUUUUUCAAAAUGUUUCAAGACGAAAAGUUUACUGAAGCUGUUCAAAAGUUUUUAGAUGAAGUGUCAUCUACUGAAAGUAAAGAGCCCAGUGGCAUGAGUGAACCAGUACAUCUAAAAGAAGGUGAAAUGUAUAAAAGAGCUCAGGGAAGAACUCGGAUUGGAAAAAAGAAUUUCAAGAAACGAUGGUUCUGCCUAACAAGUAGAGAACUUACUUAUCACAAGCAACAAGACAAAGAACCAAUAUACACCAUUCCAAUCAAAAACAUCCUCACUGUGGAGAAGCUUGAGGAAAGCGCCUUCAAUAAGAAAAAUAUGUUUCAAGUGAUUUAUGGAGAGAAGCCACUCUAUAUCCAGGCAAAUAACUGUGUGGAAGCUAGUGAGUGGAUAGAAGCUCUCUGCAGGGUAAGCAGGUGUAACCAGAAGAGACUGAGUGUUUAUCAUCCCUCUGCUUUUCUGAACGGGAACUGGAUUUGCUGCAAGGCCACGACUGAGAACGCAAAGGGCUGCACUCCAUGCACUGCAGGUGUACCUGCGGAUAUUCAAAUUGAGAUUGAUGGGGAUCGAGAAACGGAAAGAAUUUACUCACUUUUUGCUAUCAACAUGCCUAGACUGCAAAAGAUGGAAGAGGCAUGUGGAAGUAUCGCAGUCUAUCAAGGUCCACUGAAAGAACCAGAUGACUAUUCUAAUUUCACAAUUGAGGACUCCGUAGCAACUUUCCACACUCUUAAACAAGUAAUAUCCAUAGUAGAAAAGCUGAAUGAGCCUCAUGAAAAAUAUCGGAAGAAAAGAUCAUUAAGUGCUAAAUACGGCAGUGAAGAGAAUCCAAUUGUUGGAAAAGUUUCCUAAUGAAAAUAAACUAUUGCUUAUGUGGAGUCAGAAGAAACUAAUGUGGAGUCAGAAGAAACUGGAAGUGUGUGGGGUUUUUUGUUGGCAUUUUUUUUACUUUGUGUACACUUGUCUAAAGUAUUUAAGAAUGAACGGAAAUGCUACCUGUUUUCACAAUCUAUUUAAUAUUUAAUAGAGAAAAGUAUCUGUUUGGAAAACUGAUUGUGAGGUUUAUUCCAAUUUUGACAAAGAACUUGAAGCUCCAUGUCUCGAAAUAUCAGAUGUGAGUAAAUCUAAAUAUUUCUACAUCGCCUUUUUUUCCCUCAUGGCACUUCCUAAAGGAAUAAGCUUUCUAAAAGAGGAAAAUCAGCACCAAUUGUUGAUUUGGAUUACAUCUCUCAAUAUACUGGACUCACAUUUAAUCCACCAUUAGUGCCUGCUGUGCCAAAGGUCUUGCAGCGGAAAUCCCAACAUGUGGUGACUCAAAAGGAUCUGAACUUUCACUUUCAGUGUAUAACUUCUUUCUUUUUCUUUGUCAAACUAUUAUUUUUGUCAGGACUCCGAGGUAACUACAACUGAAGUCUUGUAAAAUCCUGCAGUGUAUUGUGCGGACUUAGAGACACCAAUGUUCGUUACUUUUUUAUUUUAAAAAAUACCUAAGAAGGAGAAAUCAGGGAAACUUGUUGUUAGAUUGUACCUCUUGUUUACAUUUGGGGUGAGCAACGGAUGGAGUGACAUGAGACCACAGUGUCUUUUCUUUUGUAAAAAAUCAAGUACUAAUUUUUCUUGAUUAAAAAAUGCAAAUUAGCAACACUUUUUGGAAGCUAGUUUUCCUACAAGUGAGAAGAAUGCAGAUGUGGCAACACUGUGGUUGAGUAGUGUUCACUUUACAUCUUCCCAUCUAGGAUUUUUUUGUUAACAAAAAUUUGGCACAUUUAGGCCCAGCUCACCUCUCAUUACAGCUAUAUUAAAUAACUUCUCCAGAAUAAUCACUCCAAGCACUUUAGAUAUCUGGACUGCCCCAGAUUAUAUUUUUAGAUACUUUGUAGUAUCUAAUCUUUAUGAUCAGUUGAAUGAUCAGUGCUGUUGUAUGUUAAAACAAUGCUUUUUGGCCAUUUUUUAAUUUCUAGUUAUAUGGGGGUUUUUAUUUGUCAGAUCAAACAAAUGUGAACUGGCAUCAUGACUUCAGAAAGUUUGAUUCUUGUUCUCCAUCUGAGAAUUUAAAUUUAUGUUGAAAAUGAUAUCUGUACAUAAUCAGUAGAAGAAAGGUAACACUUUGGAGAAGAGACGGCUGAACUUUCUUCACCAGUAUUAAAUAUUAUGGUAUACUUGGUAAAGUAAAAUAAAAUACACUGUGUACAGGUAGUACUUCAUUUUUGGAGCAUUUGCUGUUUUUUCUAUCAUUUGCCCUAGGCAGAGCUGAGAAUGUAACUUCAUCAAUACAAACGUAGAUUCACAGUGUUUACAAAACCAUAAGCUGUUGAAAAUACUAUUGUAGGGUGCCUUCUGCUACUAAAAUUCAGACCAGUUGGUACCACAGGAUUGAAAUCACUGUUGAAACUAAUGAAACUUUUCUAUUAGAACAAUCAUUUUUUAAUAUUAAAAAAACUGAUAGGAAAUCACUUGGGAAGCGACACCAAUAUUUUGAGCAUCACAGUCAUGUUCUGCUACUGGCCAUGUUACCUACAAGCAUAGUCCUGCUUUUGCAUUACUUUACUGUUGAAGGGAUUCUUAGAGGAAUGUUACUUGCCCUCAAUUUGUUAGAAAAAAAUGAAUUCAUUAUUGACACCCAGAAAUGUAUUUUGUCAAGGUCAAAUUGAUCUACUUUAUUUGCCAAAGAAACAAAUUUUGCUAGAUUUCAAUAGCACUAAUACGUGUCAAUUAAAUUUUACUAAUUAUUAUGAUCAAUCUUAAUUACAAAAUGUGCUUGUGUUGGUUUCUUGAAGCCUGUCUGUCAAUUAACAGCAAAGUUAAAUGUAUAACAAUUUUAAAUCUUAUAUUAUUGUAAAGAGAAAACUUUUGAAAAUGCACUUUUCAUUUGCUUUGGUCCUAGACUAUAUAGAAAAGGACAGAUAGGCCUUUAAGAUCUGAGGCCUUUGACAUGUAUUUUGUCAUUUUAUUUGUUUAAAAAUGCAGUAGGUACUCUAGAAUUAAAUUAGGUACAAUUAAGAUUAUUAAUAUUAAAGUUGCUUUCACUUUGAUUUGCCUAGACAUGGAAAACAUUGCUCAGUUAUUAGUUUUAUUUGGUCUGUAAAUUCUUGUUUAAUGUAGUUUUAAUUUGUGUAAGUAUGGUGUAUUGUUGAAAAUGUAUUUUUAUUUAAAUUUAUUUUCUUAUAAAAUAUUAAAAACUUUUGUAACGUUGCUUCAGAACAACUCACAAAUAAAUUCAGACUAUGUAUUUUCUGAGAGUCCUGGUCUUAACAAUUGUUAGUGGACUAAUUGUGUAGUGAAGUAGAUGACAGUAAAUGGUAUUCUUCCAUCUUACAGAAACAGUAAGUGAAAUUCAAUAAUAUUGUAUUGUCAUAGAGUCAGUUAAUUUCUGAUAUAAGACUGCUAGAUAGAGACAAAAGCACUAUUAGUAGAAAAUUAGUUUGCACAGAAAGUUAGCAAUCGGGUCAGUCUUGAAAAUAG